UGUUGAAAACGCAAAGACAGACGUGCGGCGGUGCUGAUGUUGCAGCGGGUGUGUGACGUCACGGAAGAGACCGGCAGGAAGAGGCUGGGGGCAGGAGGGGCGGCAGUUAAAGGGAGUGACUGCAUCAAAGGAACCUAACAGCACCUAGCAUGGCUCCCGUAAUCCAUCUGACACCUCUUUUUAUAAACCACCAUGGUCGCUCUGUAGGCGUCGCGCGGCUAUAAAGCCUGACAAGAGUAAGCUGCGUUGAGAGCGAUAUGUCAUCUCCGGGCAUGGGUACCCCCAGCGAUCCCCUCCUGGCCAGUCCCGGCAUGGGGAGGCUACCCUCGACUCAAGAUGGACUCUGGAGGAGCUCGUUGCCCAAGACGGCAAGCUUCCCAACAUCCUCCACCCGACUCCUCAGUCACCGUGCCAACAACUUCCAGCGGCAGCCUAAGCGGCGGAAGCUGAUCCGACCUUCCCCCCCUCCGCCACCCAACACGCCGUGUCCCCUGGACAGGCUAGACCUCAGCGAGCUGCCCCCAAGACGUGCCUUCCAGGACCUACUCUUCAACGGUUGCAUCUUGUUCGGGAUCGAAUUCAGCUACGCCAUGGAGACGGCUUAUGUGACACCCGUGCUUCUGCAGAUGGGCCUGCCUGACCAGUUCUACAGCUUGGUGUGGUUUAUUAGCCCCAUUCUUGGAUUCCUGGUUCAGCCUCUUAUUGGAGCUUGGAGUGACCGUUGCACAUCCCGGUUUGGACGCCGGAGACCGUUUAUUUUCGCUUUGGCAAUAGGGGCGUUGGUCGGUCUAACUCUGGUGCUGAACGGGCGGGACAUCGGAGGAGCGCUGGCGGACACGGCUUCUAAUCACAAAUGGGGUAUAAUACUGACGGUGUGCGGUGUGGUACUGAUGGACUUCAGUGCAGAUUCAGCAGACAAUCCGAGUCACGCCUACAUGAUGGACGUGUGCUGCCCAGAGGACCAGGAUCGGGGAUUGAACAUCCAUGCUCUGCUGGCAGGACUCGGAGGUGGCUUCGGGUACAUCGUGGGCGGCAUUAACUGGGACCAAACCCAUUUCGGAAAGUCAAUGGGAGGUCAGCUGCGGGUCGUCUAUGUUUUCACCAGCAUCACCCUGGUGAUCGCCACAGCCAUGACUCUUACGAGUAUCCCCGAGCGAGUGUUGCCAAAGAGCCAGCCCUCCAGCAAAAACCAUCUGAAGAGCCCCAACCUUCUCCUUCCUCUGUCCCCGCCUGCUCCACCGGGAUCUGAGCUGGCAGGGGACGACGAGAGCGAAGGAGGUCACUAUGAUUAUUGCUUGUCAAAUUCGAGCCACCCUGACUCUUUGGCGCAUUCCUGCAGUGCCAACGCCCGCCUCUGCGCCGGCCUCACGAGCCCCAUAUCACCCAUGAGCCCCCUUACGCCAAAAUAUGGCAGCUUUAUAAGUCGGGACAAUUUCCUCAUCGGUAUCAAUGAAUUUGCCUCCUCACUGGGGACUUCCUACAUAGACUGUGUUCUCAUAGACUGCUACGCGGGGCAACAGACACCACAGGGUCUCCUGGCCCCUAAAUCUAUAUCCAUGCCUCCGGGUGACGCCCCUCCCCCAGAAGAGUCCACCCAGGCAGAGAGGCAACUCGAUAGGGUGUGUCAACCAGACACAGAAGGUGCCCCACAGUACCAAACAGCAUCUCAGGUCACAUCGGUGCCGCAGCCCGGUCCAGAACCACGUCGAGGGUCCACCACCGGAAUCCUGAAGCGACCCCAGAGUCUGGCACUCACGGAGGAGCCUAUAGCGACCCAGAUCGUCGGGAUGGAGAACGGACGUAGGAGAACUGUAACAUUUAGCCACCAGGUUGCAAACAUUUUGCUGAAUGGCUUGCGCCACGAGAGCGAUCUAAGCGAGAAUGCGGAGACGGGGGAUUCUCACAUGUCAAUGAAACUCUUGUGUAUAGCCAUUUACCGGAUGCCUCCCUCACUGCGCAGCUUAUGCACUAACCAUUUUUUGGGCUGGCUGUCCUUUGAAGGCAUGCUUCUCUUCUACACGGACUUCAUGGGGGAAGUCGUAUUCGAAGGUGACCCCAAAGCGCCCCACGACUCCGACGCCUACCAGCGCUACAAUGCCGGGGUCAGCAUGGGCUGCUGGGGCAUGUGCAUCUAUGCAUUCAGCGCUGCUUUCUACUCAGCCAUAUUGGAUAAACUGGAGGAGCGCUUCUCUCUGCGCACGCUCUACUUUUUUGCGUACCUGGCGUUUGGACUGGGUACAGGUCUGGCCACGUUGUCCACCAACCUCUACGUGGUGCUGUCCCUUUGCGUCACCUACGGGGUGCUCUUCUCUUCGCUAUGCACACUGCCUUACUCACUGCUGUGUGAUUACUACCAAAGCCCUCAGUUCUGCGGCUCAUCCGAGGAGGGCACCCGACGCGGGAUGGGGGUAGACAUCUCACUGCUCAGCUGCCAGUACUUCCUGGCGCAGAUCCUGGUCUCUGUGGCGAUGGGGCCCCUGACGUCACUUGUGGGCGGCGCCCAGGGGGUGAUGUACUUCGCCAGCCUGAUGUCGUUUGUGGGCUGCGCAUAUUCAUCCCUCUGCGUUGUAUAUCAGCUGCCCGCCGCGGAGGGUGAGCCCGCCGAAAGCGAGACAUGGCCGCUGCUGGCGCAAAUUUAGUCCCGAUAGGACGCAUCCUGCCGCGCACUGUACAGCACAAGCAGGCAAUUUUACAGCUUUCAACGACACAGCCAGACAGACAUUGUGUUCAUACAGUGUGUGCGCUCAUGCUCAUGCGUUUGCAUUCACUUUUGCAUUUUGUAUAGCAUCCCCUUAGGAUGGGAAUCACUACUUUACAGCAGGGGCGGAGAACGUAUAGAUAGACCGAAGCUGGAGCACGUAAGCGAGGCUAGCUGGCUGAGUACACAAAACCCACCUCACGCUAGUCACAUAACCCAAAAAUGGGAUGGGCAAAUUCCUGCUCAAGAUAUUCAAUAGCUACAUGUGAUUUUUAAAAUGGACAAAUGGGUGAGAUUAUUUGUAAAUGAAACUAAACAAAAUUAUCACUCAUAUAAAUGUAAAAUGUUCACUGUCAUUAGCCUCAUAGAAUACUUGCCCAAAUCUUUAAUUUUUGGUGGGGGGGGGGGGGGGGGGCUGGGACAAAGAAAAAAAAACAAGUCAACCAAUGGGAAGAAUGCAAUUGCCUUAAAUCAAACUUUGUGAAUUUCCAUAUCCUGGAUGUCAUAUAAUCUA